AUGACGGAAGGAGGGGGUGGUCUCAUCCGCCACACGGUGAGGAUUCACGACAUUCGCCAUCUUUGAGAGAGAGACGUCGAAUAUAUUUUCCAUCUUUUAAUAAGUUUUGUUUCUAGUACGCUUAAAAUAAAGCGCCGUGGUCUACUUGUAUAUCAAGUGAGAUGCGCUAUUGCACACGUGUGUACUCUCCGGGUGUCUGGAUCGACGAGUACAGCUGGGAAGAAAGAAUGGAGUAUCGCAAACGGAAGGCCCGGGAUUCGCACAGCAGCGAACGAGAAAACAAGUACAGAAGAACUCAUCGAUACCACAAGACUAAAGACGGGUUCUACCUAGAGAAUCGAAGCUUGAACCACAGUGUGGACUCGCGGGACAGGGAGACUUGGGAGCGCAAUUUGGAUGUGGCCUGCGGAGAGGACAGCCGUGACUACACCUUCAAAGACAGAGACCGUGAUUGGCACCAUUACAGCAAAUCAUCCGGGCGGAGCGGGCGCAGUCGAAGAAGCAGACGAAGCAGACACAGAGACAGAAGGCACAGGCGGAGCCACUCUCGCUACAGGUCGUCCUCGAGGAGGAGCCAUCGGCGCAGGAGCAGGAAAAGAUCCCGGAGUGUUGAGGAUGAUGACGAGGGUCACCUCAUCUAUCACAAUGGAGACAUGCUGAAAGCGAGAUAUGAGAUAGUGUGUACUCUUGGAGAGGGUGCCUUUGGAAAGGUUGUCGAAUGCCUUGAUCACCUAAACAAAGGAGCUCGAGUGGCUCUGAAGAUCAUAAAAAACAUUGAUCGCUACCGCGACGCAGCAAAGUCUGAGGUCGCUGUGCUUGAACAUCUCAAGUCCCUCGAUUCUCAGAGCAAAUACGCUUGCGUUCACAUGCUGGACUGGUUUGACUACCACGGUCACAUCUGCAUCGCCUUUGAGUUGCUGGGCCUCAGUACCUACGAUUUCCUCAAGGAGAACAACUUCGUACCUUUCCCCAUUGAGCACAUCCAGAAAAUGGCCCAUCAGAUUAUUCACGGUGUUAGAUUUCUGCAUAAUAAUAAGUUGACCCACACAGACCUGAAGCCUGAGAAUAUUCUUUUUAUUGCUUCAGAAUAUGAUUUGACUUACAAUCCAUCAAAGAAACGAGAUGAACGGACUUUGAAGAGACCUGAUAUAAAAAUAGUAGAUUUUGGAAACGCUACAUAUGAACAUGAGCAUCACACAUCGGUUGUUUCCACACGUCAUUACCGCGCUCCUGAAGUCAUUUUAGACCUUGGCUGGGACCAUUCCUGUGACGUCUGGAGCAUUGGCUGCAUCCUCAUCGAAUACUACCUUGGGUCAACCCUCUUCCAGACGCAUGACAGCAAGGAACACCUCGCUAUGAUGGAGAGGGUCCUGGGUCCGAUUCCUACGCAUUUCCUUCAGAAAACCAGGAAACAGCGCUAUCUCCACCACAACAAGCUGGACUGGGAUGUUGACAGCUCCGGUGGCCGAUACAUCAGGAAACACUGCAAGCCACUCAGGCGUUACAUGGUGUCUCAAAGUGCAGACCACCAGCAGCUAUUCGACCUCCUGGAGAAGUUAAUGGAGUACGAUCCAGCUAAGCGCAUCACGUUGGAUAAGGCGCUCCAGCACCCCUUCUUCUCCUGCUACCACGAGAGCAGCAAUGCAAGCAGUAGCUCCAACAAAAAGCUCUGAGCCUCGAAAGUGUUUCAUACCGUGACCUCUUCAACAGGGUGCUCGCUCGGUUCCGGCCUCAACGUCCUCACUCUCCAAGAGAGGUGAACGUACAUGACUGUAUCAGUCCUCUGCCUUUCUUCUCUAUGCCGGUCCUUGCCCAACAUUUAUUUACAUCUCAUGUGUACCAAUCGCCAACUGUCUAUUUAUUUGCCAUUCAUAAAUUACAUGCUUUGAAGAGAUGCUUUGAAAAUUAGAUUUGUUUUUCUCCAUCAUUGGUCCAAAUUAGUCUGUUAUUUUUGCAUUGUACAGUUCGUAGUGGGUGGUGUUAAUCAUUGUCAAUAAUAAAAAAUGUGUAUCAGCAAAAUUGUAUUGUAAAAAGUUAGGGGGCAGACAUUUUUUGUACUGUACAUAGAAAUGAUUGUGGUAUUUUGGUCUCUUGCAGUAUCGUGUUUUCUCAAUAAAUAUAAAUAAUGUCAAA